UCUUUAUCUAAUCUUCCGCAUCUGCCAUCUCUUCUCCUUCUACUCCACAUAUUCCCGUUCCCAAGAAAUCACACAUGCCCCUCCAUAUCCCACGUGUGAUACAUCGCCUAAGCCGUUCAGGCCAAGAGCGGCCCCAGAUUGAAGAACCUUCUUUGGCAGACCAAACAUCGGCCUUUCUACCGGACACUUCCCCAGCUUCUCCUCCCCCUUCAUUCGCCCCACCACAAUCUCCCGCAUCUUCUUCUGCCCUCUCUCAGACAUCUGCUCUACCGCCAUUAACUGCCCCUUUUAACCUUUCUAAUGCCGACCGUCGCCAGUCGACGCAGUCGAGCGGGAAUAAUCUCGUUCAUGGCAUUCUCAAGAAUCCUACGAGCCCAUCGCAGACAGCUAGCGAGUCAACCUCCCCAAGUUUUGGUGCAAGUAGCGGAACAUUCGCGAGCCUCCACAAGCGCAUGUCUUCUAUGACGUUUGACAGGUCAGAAACAAUCGAUUCAUUCUUACUUGAUAACGACGGUGAUAAUAACGAGGCUUCAUCGCCUCACACGCCUGCAACGUCGGUGUCCUCCCUCCAAGGUUACUGUCCGCUGCCUACAGGUGCCGGCACCCAGAAAUUCCCAUUCUUCAUGAUGACUAUUUCAUCCGUCUCUGCCCUUUCUUUCGUCGCUUUGCCGCUUGCCCUUCGGACAGUCGUUCUCGAUGCAGUGAACAGAGCGUGGAAGAAGGGUAUCAGUAAAAUACAGGAGAUCGAUUAUCAGCCAGAGCUGAUGCGGAGACACAAAGAGAAAGGGUGUGAAGGAGGUGUAUGGGAAAUAACGUUCAGGGGUGAAGCUUGGGUGCCCAGCAGUUCGGAAAAAGUCUCCUCCAAGAGGAUCAUUCUCAACCUUCUCACAGAAUUUGCCAGGGAAGGAUACGAUCUUACGUCCUCUUUCCGAACAUCUGCGAAAGACUCGGGCAAGGACACGCUCAUCUUCCUGCGUUCUUCGUCGCGUCCAGAUCCAGACCCAGUCUUCUUCGCCGUAGCGUUCCAUUCUCACGACCGUAUCUGGAUCAUUGAUGCCGAAGCGGAUGUUGGGCAAGCUGUGGAGGAAGGAAUCAAGAGCUGGUGGGUGGAUGGUGUGAGAGAUGCGAGGGUUAGGGAGAGACACUGUAGAGAACUGAGAUUACGCGGGGCACCUUGGACGGCCCAUACAACACAAUCAGUCAUUUCUGCCCGCUGUAUCCACUUGACUAUAAUGAGAAUCAUUACCAACGCUGCUAUGGGAUACGACUUUGUCGGUAGCGUAGAUAUGGCGGAUAGGGAAGAAGGAGAAAUGCCAGUCACUUUCUACAGGCGAAGAUGGGGUACUUCAACGAGGGCAGUAUGGAGCAUGCCGCCGGAGAUUACAACAGACUAGACGAGGUUAUUUGGGCAAGGCCUAGAGAGUUGACGACUUUUGUCCUGCAAACUGGCUAGAAGUGGAUGCCGUUGUAGCGCCUAUUAGAGAGAUGGCAUUGUAGCUUUUAGAUGGAGCCAAUUGCUCUCAUGCACCUU